ACGAAAGUAAAAAGCUCUCGACUGUCAGAGUGUCAGUUUGGUUUCGCCAAUAGAGUGUUGAAUGGGAAAUCAGAAGCAGAAAUGGACGGCGGAGGAGGAAGAAGCGCUGCUGGCUGGAGUGGCAAAGCACGGCCCUGGUAAAUGGAAGAACAUUCUCAAGGAUCCCCAUUUUGCCCCUUUCCUCACUCACCGCUCCAACAUCGGCCUCAAGGACAAAUGGCGAAACCUGAGCGUUAGUACUUCUGGGCAAGGCUCUAAAGAGAAAUUGAGGACCUCAAAAGUAAAAACUGUGACAGCUGCUCCACUCCCCAAUGUUCAAAAUUAUUCUCAUGCGGCUCCGCUUCGUCGUAAAGCAUCCAUUGGCACUGUUGUGGAUGAUCCUUCCAGUAGCAUGCAGGAGGGAAAGAAUGCCCGACGAAGGGGCGGAUGGUGCAGCCUGAUAGGUCCCGGUCAGAGAAUGAAACCAGGAGUCUUCUUUAAACUAGCAAUCUCUACUUUGGGCGGCAAGAGUACCACAAGCAGAGAUUUGGAAAAAGAAACAAACAAACAAACACUUGCAAAAAUGGAAGUCCAAAAUUCCUUUAAGAUCAGAAAACAGACCGUAUUAGGAACGAAAACUCCAAGCCCACAAGAAAAGGAUGUCAAGCCGUGGCAGUCGAUAAGCUCUAGGUUAAUGAUCACCAGUGAGACUGUGGAUUCUAUAUACCUACUCAAUCAUUCUCAAUGUACCAGUUAUCUUGAUGAUGAUGAUGCAUUAAAAUUCACCCGUCUCCUUGGGUUUAUCAUUCCAGGUUCGCGUGGGGAAAUUGUCCUCUUGGCUUAGG